GUUUGUUUAGGGAGUGGCAACAACAAAAUUAAGUACAGUACUCUCGAAUGUACUCGUUUCUAACAACUCUAAACUAUAGGUUAUCUACUCUUAUUAUUGUGUAAUGAUGUCACUCCUUUCGCCACCCAUAACCUCAUCCCUUCCUAUCAAAACUCCACCCACUCACGAUUUUAUGUUUCAUAGUAUAAAUUCAAAACAAAACUCGAAAGUUAGGGAAUAUUUUCUUUCUGGGAUUAAUUACCCAACAGCUUGAAAAAGAUAAAGUGACUACAAGUUUUCUUGCUGCUUGAAACAAUGGACACUUCAGAAGUAAAUUCUUCUCGAGGAUAUGGUAAACCACCGUGGAUUUUCAAGGGAAGUGCCUUGUACCAGCUCCAUCUUGUGAAGGCAGAGACAGCUCGAGCAUUCAUUCCCAAAGAACUCAGAUUAGUAGAGGCGUUCGGGUAUACUCUUGGAGGAUUCUUUCUUGCUAAUUACGAGGAAAGUCCUGCUGGAAUAUUUGAUGAGCUUGUAGUAAUAGCAGGAAUUGUUUGGAACCCUCCUACUUCUUGUGCAUGGGCUGCAAGAGUGCUGGUAAACAGUGACAAAGCAUGCCUCCACGGACAAAAGGACGUCGGACUCCCUAGCCGAGUUGCCAAUUUUACAAAGAGCGUGAGAGCACUUCCCGUGUCAAAAAGGAGUCGAUUUGGUGGCUUUAUGAACAAGAUUGGCAUCAGUGAUAGCAUGGAGAAAUGUUUGGAUAUACAAGUAGAAGAGAUGAACAAUCACAUAGCCAUGGACUUGUGCAGUAUAAAACUCACCUCUGCUGCAUCUCAAAAAGACACUGGAAGAUGGAUGGGCCCAGAAAUCAAGAUGUCACUCCCAAGCUUUAGCGGCCGCACAGAGCACAAUCCUCACCUCCUUAAGUAUUCUUGCCAGAUUGGAUGCAGGUUUCUUCCUAUGUCACCAGCUAAAGUGUGUGGUCCAUUUGGAUCAAAUAUGGAUGGUGAGGGUAUGGACGGGGAUUCUGGAAAUGAGAAGAGAGACCUCAGCAUCUCCGUGAUGCUAUCAAAGCCUAUUCUAGCCUUGGAGUUCAACUGUCUGGAAAUGAAGGUGGAAGCUCCAACAAUCGUUCCACAGGAGAAGCACGGAUGAAAAAGUGACCCGUGUCGUUGUCGUUACUUUAUAGCUUGCCUCCGUAGUUUCCACAUGUUCAUUCUUUGAUUUGCAAGAUGAUUUGUUCAGUCUAAAUAUCGUUGGGAAAUAAAUGUCUCUUAAUCUUA